AGUUUUGGAUUCUACUUUUUGACUGCAAUUAGAUCAAGAAUAAUUGGAAUUUAAGAAAACCAAAAAACAACUUUUUGAUACAACAACGGCACAUUAAUAAGAAUCCUUAUAAAAAAAAUACCACGCUAACAAAAGCAAUCAGUACAGAACGACGAAAGAAUGUUUAUAGUGACGAAAGAAAUCGACAGUGAGAAUAUAAGUAAACUGUGUCGCACAUGUUUGAGAGAAGACGGCGACAAAAUGAUAUGCUUAUUCGUAGGUCCGGCUGGUUCGUCGCUCGCCGCUAAAUUACGAUCGCUUUCUUGCUUAGAGGUCUGGCAAGGAGAUGGUUUGCCUGAGAAGAUGUGCGAUCGUUGCGUCACCAGAGCAGAGUCGGCUCUUUUAUACAGAGAGCAGUGUCGUGCAGCAGACAGGGCUUUGCGACAAGCAGCAUUGAAGGUAUCUGGAUUAACGUCGUACACCACUAUUUCUGGUUGCAAACUGUAUCAAAAUCAACAAACUCAAGGAUUUAUACCUGUGCAAAAUUCUCACAAGACACUAAAGUGUAUGGAAUGUGGUGCUGUGUUUACCAAUUAUCAAGAACUCUGUGCACACAAUCGACUGCAUUUACCCUUUAUACAAGAUAACAUACCUAUGCAGCAUAUGCACAUUGUAGAAUCUCAAAAUUCGUAUCUCAAUUUUACCCAUGUCGGUACAAAUUUUAUCAAUGAUAAUAAUAUAAAUAUGCAAUUAUCUCCAUCAGUUAGAUCAAAUAUGAUGCAUGCUAUGUCGUUGAAUGAACAAAACUCGAGUCGUGCUGCUUGUGCCUUGCAUUGUUCCUUGUGCAAUCAUACAUUCACUAAUAGGAAACAAUUAAUAACUCAUAAUAUAACGCAUAGUACGGAGCGUGUCAAUAUAUCGUGCGAUAAUGAAAAUAUAGAGAUAUGCGAAAAUUCUAAUCCCAUUCCGCAAAAUUUAAGUUAUGAAAGAUCUGUUCAUUCCGUUGAUAAUCAUAUUCAAAAUCUAUCAUAUCAAAGAUCUACUAUGGAUGAUAAUGAUGGAAUGCAAAAUCUAAACUUUCCAGAAAACAUCGAUCUGGAUGGCGCAGAGAAUAGUUCGGAACGUGUACAAAAUAUAACAAUACACUCUGAAAAUAACGUUCAAUCAAUUACAGAAGGUUUAAGAUUUAUAAAGGCAUCUGAAAAAGAUAAGCAACUCAUAAUCGAGUAUCACGGAUGUUCAAUUGAUAAUAGUUAUAAACAAUCUGACAUAAAAAAUACGGAAGAUGGUCACGCGAAGAAGCACCAGUGCGAACUAUGUUUAAAACAAUUUUCACAAAAAUCUAAAUUACUCGCUCAUCAAUUGUCUCACUCUGGCCAACAACCGUUCAAGUGUCUAAGCUGUGGCAAAGCUUAUGCAUCAAAAAGCAAACUCAAUGCGCACAUGAGAUUACACACAAAAACCAAUGUGUAUCAAUGUAAGAUAUGCGAUAAAAUAUUUUCAUAUCCGUCGUACUUAGAGGAACACAUAAAAAUACAUAAUAAAGGUGGCAGCAAUAGACCACAGAGCAAGGAAUUUGAAUGUAGCGUUUGUAAUAAACGUUUCCAACUCUUGAAGAAUUUGAAAGCUCACGAAAGACUUCACACCGGAAAAGGUUUAAUGCAAUGUGAGAUUUGUGAUAAAAAAUUUAGUCAUAAUUAUAAUUUAAAAAUGCAUCUACAAACACAUAAGACAAUGAAAGUACACAAGUGCGAAUACUGUGACAAACGUUUUGUACAGAAAGGUAAUUUAGUGGAACAUUUACGGAUCCAUACUAAAAUAAAGCCGUUCGUGUGUAAAUUAUGUGGCAAAUUUGCGCAAUCAAGUCAUCUUAAAAGUCAUGAAGCUUCGCACGGCGUUUUGCGACAGCAUCAAUGUCGAUUAUGCGGAAAGAGGUUCAAAUUAGCUAAUCACUUGAAACGACAUUUAAAUUUACAUAUUGGUCCAAAGAUGUAUAAAUGCAAUCAAUGUAAUCAAAUGUUUUCACAAUCUUUUAGUCUAACAAGACAUUUAAAAAGGCACAAUGAAUCACAUACGUAAUUUAAUUGCAAUUUAUGCAUAAAAAAAUAGUUUUUAUAUAUAUACAUAUAAAAUAAUAAUAAUAAUAGUAAUUGCACAGAGGGUGUUUCAGAAGGAAUGAUCAGGUUUUAGGACCAUGAUUGUAUACAUUAUUUUAA